UGUAUUCCAAAAUUUCUCGCGACACGGUGCGGUGGUGUUUUUGUUUCCGAGCUCCGGCGGACAUGAGGACAGUAUAGCCCCCAAGGAAACUUAGUGAUAGUGCGCAGCUAUAAUUAUAUUUAUAAAGUGUUCCGAGGUGAAACGAUAUCAAGAUACGAGAUCACACGAUGCGUUUAGAAGGCGCCAACUGGGCGCUGGUGGUGGGUCUCAGUCUAAUCCUUGGAUUUGGACGAGUCCAAGCCUAUUCUCAGGUUUUGGUCAGCGGCACUGGAGCUGCAAACGAUCAGGGACCACGUAUCUUCAAGGCUCUAAAUACGGAUUUGAUAUUUCCGAGGACCUUCAACUCCAGUGACAAUGUGGUAUCCACCACUGGAGCUCCAGUGAUUACAUCGACAUCCACGACAAGUCCACCUCCUAUUCCUUACAACCAUCAACCCGAAGGAACAACCAGUUCCCCACUGUUUGUCACCCCGUUAGUUGUCACAGAGGCGGAAAAAGUCGAUGAUCCUGCUCCAGUAUCCGAGGAGCAAACAGAGCCAGUCGUACAAGGAGCCUCCACAGGACGCGCCGUGGACUACAGGACAGCGUAUCCCUUUGGCCAACUGAUAACUCCGUUGCUGCGAGGCGGCAAGCCGCAGCAGUACAACUCCCGACCAACGAAGACACGUAUUUACCCGCAAGGUAUACCAUCCUACUACUCUUCAUCAUCACAAAAUCCAUCCCGCUAUCAAGCUUCGAGGCCCAGCUAUAAGAAAGGAAUCGCCGAUCGUUUUGCUCCUGGCGAGGGAACCGCCGCUGGUCUGUUCAAGGGACACAAUCAUGAUCACAGUCACGACCACAGUCACGAUCAUUCCCAUGGACAGGAUGGCAAGGUGGCCGCCGGCUCCAAUUCGGUGAACUCCUAUGUUUCUCCAGGCGAUACGUACUCCUUUCCGCCGUUGAACACAAAGUAUCCAUCACCGUCACAGGAUCCCAAGGCUGCAUUGCCAUCGGAUACCGUGACCAGUUACCUGCCACCCGCAUCUGGAGGGCUGAGCAACGCUGGAUACAUAUAUCCGGGGCCUUCUUCCAAUGGUUACAAAUAUCCCGGUCCAGUGCCCAAUAGCAAUGCCGACAAGGAUACGGCGGCCAGUAUGGCGAGUGCUUCCCCGCCGGCUGAUGAUGACCCCGGUAAUGAUGAUUCCAUCGGAACCCUGCCAGCUAGUGCACAGGACAACAUUCCUUCCAAGGAUCAGGACAGUAUGAGCGGUCCUGCUCCUGCAGAUGGCAUGGAUAUGGGAUCUCCUGCUGAUGGUGGAGAUGGGGGUGGCGGUGGCGGCGGAGAUGGGGACAUCGGCGGUCUGCCAUCUCUGCACAAUGAUGGUUCAGGUCCCGACGACGAUCACAAAUAUGAUCCCAAUAUGGAGUAUGCCACACCACCGCCCGGUUGGCUGCAAUCUCACCCAGAAUCUGCGGCUCCCAAGCCGGAUGAUCACGAUCACGACCAUGCACCCGAUCAUGAUCACGUGCAUGAUCACCACCACGAUCACUAUCCGACUCACUUCGACUACCAGCCCUCGUAUCCGGAUGAUUCCUAUCCGGAUGUCAUUUACGAUGAUCAUCCACACCACCAUCACCAUGUCCACCACCCACCGCCUCCUCCUCCACCGCCACCACCACCACCGCCACCGCCACCGCCGACGGAACCACCACCACCUCCUCCGCCGCCACCAGAGCCACGUGUGAAGAAGUACAGCUACUUCUACAUUGGCCGCAAGCUCUGGUACAUCCCGCUCUACUUUACGGUGUGGUUCAGCUUCUACAUCCUGUGGCUGAUCAUCAAGUCCAUCGGUCGCCACAAAGUGAACCUACCCAAUCACUACGUCUCGCGACGCAGUGCUCCCGAUCCAUUUACCGAGCAGGGACGGGACGAGUAUAUCAACGAGAUGACGGUCAGGGUGCUGGAACACAUAGAUAGCUUUAAGCAGAAAUACUUGAACUGAUAAGGACGCUACUAAUUACUAAAUGCCUAUUAAAAACUUAAUUAUAAACCG